AUGGCAUCCGCGGUGGCAGACUUAGAAGCCGGCCUUCAGGCCAUGCUAAACCUGAAGCCUCCCGGAGUAUCUGGAUCUCGGAUCACCAACUUGACCACUCUAUGUUCCGAAUCCGUCCUCAUCCAAAAGAUUUUCACACAUUUUAAAAAGACACCGGGAACACACAAAUUGGGGGUUCUUUACGUUGUAGACUCCGUAACCCGCAAAUGGCUCGAGCAAGCCAAGGCUCAAGGACAAGCAGUAAACAGUUCGGCGCCAGACGGCACAUAUGGGGCCGGUGUCAACAGAGUAACGGAACUGAUGCCUGUGCUGAUGAAUGACAUACUUCAGACCGCCCCUGAAGAGCAAAAGGAGAAAAUUAAAAAGCUGCUUGAUAUCUGGGAGAAGGGACAAACCUUCCCCAUCUCUAUGUUAGAGUCCUUCAAGGAGAAGUUGAAUGCUCCACACUCAAAGGUAUCGACUACGCCUCCCGGAAGCCCUCCUGCUGGAUUGAUCGCUUCGCUUCAGAAGCCCGUGUCUGCUCCUCCAGCGGGCCCAGCCCAGAACGGCCAAUCCAUCCUGGAUGCUCUUGCAAAUAUUGCUCGCCAGAAUACUACUGCUCCACCAAGUUCAUCAAGCUUACCCGCACCGGCAGCAUCGUAUAAUAUACCGCCGUCGGUCACCGGGCUCCCACAGCCUGUUUCCUCAACGAUGGCUCAGCCGUCGCUGCAGAUGCAAAAUCCAGCAUCUUACCCCCCCACCUCGCAGCCUGCUGUAAACUUGCCGCCCUCUCUCCCAUUUUCCCUCCCACAGGUGACUUCGUCCAUGGCUGGUCCUUCGCCGAAUAUGCCCAAUAAUCAGUUUCCUGGGGGCCCAGCGCCCGCGGGAGGGGCCUUAGAUCCCAAUACCCAACAACAGAUAUUGUUGAUCAAAGCCCUCGCUGAUCAAGGUGUGCCCUUUGAAAAGAUUCCGGCGUUGAUCCAGAGCAUGACUCCAGGCGCUGCUGGCACUGUUGCGACAGGCACUGCCCAACAGGGCGCAGUCCCAGCUCCCAAUGGUACGUACGGUUCUGGCCAACCAUCAUGGGGGGCACAGCCACCAAAGCCAGAGGGUGGCCGCGACUGGUAUAAAGAAGGAGUGAGGUCUCCUGGCAGAUAUCGUGAUAGAUCCCGAUCUCGGUCUCCCGACCGAGGCUGGGGUGCUCGUGGGUCACCUCGUAGUGGACGUGAUAGAACAGAUUAUGGCCGCAACUCUCCUGCUCGAGGCCGUGAUGAGGAUCGCAGAGGAAACGACUAUCGAACGCGUAGUCCGCCUCGACGUCGUGGCCAAACACCUCCUGAUGGGGAGAAAUGGACUGACUAUGAUCCCAAUAUCCCCCAGGGCACAAUCAAAGUUCUAAGCCGAACCCUUUUCGUCGGUGGAGUAACAUGCUCCGAAGCCGAAUUGCGCAAUAUUUUCACCCGAUUUGGCGUUGUGCAGACUUGUAUCGUAAAUAAGGACAAGCGUCAUGCAUUCGUCAAAAUGUUGACUCGUAAGGAUGCCAUCAGUGCCAAAGAGGGCUCAGAAGACAACCGAGGGCUAGAGAUACCUCUUCGAACACGAUGGGGUGUGGGCUUUGGACCCAGAGACUGCAGUGACUACGGAACUGGUAUUAGCAUCAUUCCCAUCAACAGGUUGACGGAGGCCGACCGUAAAUGGAUGUUGACGGCCCCCCAUGGUGGCAGCGGCGGCCGGCCGAUUGCAACUGGACUUGUCGUUGAGGAGCCUGAUAUUGAGAUUGGUGCCGGUGUCUCCUCCAAGGCGAUCAGCAGGCGUAUGCAGACCGACAAGGGCGGCGCUAACGGACCCAAGUCAACUCGUAAUCGCGACGAUGGAUGGGGUAGAGGCCGUGGCCAUGAAGGCGGUGACCGUAGACCAGAGCCCAAUGGUGACGAAAACCAGCCUUCCAUCCAAGGAUUCCCAUUCGGCAUCGGCACUUUGCCCAACGGCAUGCCAAACUUCCCAGCAGGCUUCUCUUUCCCAGACCCUUCCUCUAAUGGAAAGUGGGCUUGA